CUUCUUUUCUUCUCCCCUACACCCGACCAGCCCCCCCCUCAAGCUGCCGAUAGUUUCCCUUGGGAAACUCGGCAAAAAGCUUGAAUUUCUCUUCUUUUCUUGUUAAAUCACGAGAUUUGGGGCUUAGAAUCUUCCCUCUCAACCCAGAAAAUCUCGGUUCUGCUCUGUUCUUCUCCCCUGUCCGCCGGCUGCUAUGUGCGUUUGAAUUUCUGGGCAUUUUUCGGCCCAUGAGCCCCCCUGCAGAUGCCGUCGGCUUCCUUCCCAGCUAGAACCGGCCUUUGCUUGCCGGAAAUUCUGGUUCUUGAGUGUUCUGUCACCGUAGCACUGGGUUAAGCCUUCGGUUCUGUGCGAGUGAGGAAGCGAAAUUGAGGACGGGAAACCGAGGGGAAUGACGAGUUAGAAGGCUAGCCAUUUUGUAAAGUGAAUAUAGAUUUGAGAUAUAGAUCAUGAUUUGUAAACUAAAGUUUAAUCGGAGAUUUUAUACAUUCAUUUAAUGGAUUGUUCGUUUACAAAAGAUUUGAUCUUGAGAUUUUGAGUUUAAGUUAUGUUGGACAUAGAAAGAAAUUUUGAAAUAUCUGAUUUAAGUUAUUGGAUUGUCAAACAUGAAUUGGAUAGUCAAACAUGAAUUGGAUAAGUUCCGAGCCUUGUGCAUUCGUGGGACUUGUUCACAAGUGCACGGCGUUUGUCGCGUCCCCGGAUUUGGGUUCUGGUGCAUGACAUGUGGCAUCAUUAUUCGUGAUAGCAUGAACCUCACAUCAAUUGAGCACAGCGCCUUCUCGCAUGAAAUCCUCGGACAUCUCCGCUUCUCCACCCUGACUUCCUUUCAUCAAUCGAAAAUUCUGGUACUUUGUCACUCGGUUUCUAGCCUACGAAAUCAUUCCUGGACUGAUGUUUUUUGGGCUAUAAAUAUUCUGUUUGAGAAUCUCCGAGCUCAACUCGAAUGUAAGUGACUUGAAUUCUGGCCGCCUAACCCGGAGUUAGUAUUUUGGUGUAACUUUCUCUAUAUAUGUCCAAAUGAGGUGAUUCUUUGUUUUAUGGAAAACUAAAAGAGAGGACUUUAAUUCUGCUCUUAAGCAUUGAAAUCAAUUCUGCCAUUUUCA